UGGCACUCUUCAUCCCAAGAAGAUCUUUGAAGAUUCCGCAACUGAGAGAGGAGGAGAGAGAAAGAAUAUUCCCUCGGUAAUGAGACUGGAGAUGGGAAAGCAAACGGUAACCGCCUCCGAGGAGGACGAGACGGAGGAGGAGAUGGUGGCGGCAGCCGAGCCCCGGCCGCCCUCCUACUCUUUGUCCUACAAAGUCGGCGGCGAGGCAGCGGCCGCGGCCGAAGCGGCAGUGGCGGCGAGGGAAGGAGGGGAGGAGCUGUUCGUGCCGCCGCUGAAUUUCGCGAUGGUGGACCAUGGCGUCUUCCGCUCGGGGUUUCCGGACACCGCCAAUUUCAGCUUCUUGGAGACCCUCCAACUCCGCUCCAUUCUGUGUCUUUGCCCGGAGCCCUACCCGGUGGCCAACACGGAGUUUCUCCGGUCGCAUGGGAUCAAGCUCUUCCAGUUUGGAAUUGACGGUCGUAAGGAACCAUUUGUCAACAUUCCAGAAGAUACAAUUCGUGAGGCUCUCAAAGUUGUCCUUGACGUUCGAAAUCACCCAUUGCUUAUUCAUUGCAAACGUGGAAAGCAUCGAACUGGCUGUGUGGUAGGAUGCUUAAGAAAACUGCAGCGAUGGUGCCUCUCUUCAAUAUUUGACGAGUACCAGCGGUUUGCUGCUGCCAAAGCUAGGGUUUCUGAUCAGAGGUUUAUGGAGUUAUUUGACAUCUCAAGCUUGAAACAUCUGUCACCUUCAUUUUCAUGUUCAAAAAGCUCAUAGGGAGGCCGACUUUUCUUCAUAUGGAGAAAUUAUGAGUUCACUCUCUAAGAUGAUAGAGGAUUAUUGCAUUCCAUUGGCAUUAGUCAUGAGCUAGAAAAGAAUCCUUUUCUUGGCAAUAACAAUAUUGAACUGCACACCGUCUGGGAUAAAUGCUGGCGGAAGUUUGAGUUCAUUUAUAGCUGUCUAUUAUUCUGGUAUACUCAGCUUUUUGAUUUAGAUAUUUAUGAGCAAAUUGCAAGCGGUUUACUUUUCUUUAGAUCCCUUGCAUAUACAUUUAAUUUCUCCAGUCGCAACAUGUAAACUCCAGUAACAAUUUAUUAAUGUCAUGUUGCAAGAAUUACCAGUCC